ACUCCACGAGUCCGUGAUGUUGCAAGGGAUUUGUAGUUGCAGUUGCACACGCGUUGAGUGAAACAGUCACUGAAUAUAUUCUUAUAAGUACAACCCUGCGAAUGGCGGAAACUGUUCCCAUUUCCACCGAUCCUACAUUCCGCAUUUUCUCAACCAACAGCAAUGGCUGCUUCUUCUUCUCUCUCUUUUAGGUCUUUCUUCAGCUCCGUCGCCGCCGAUUCCAAUGACGUCGGUUUAACGCCUGGGAAUUUCGGGCCAAGCUUUGUGGAUUCCCGGGUCAGUUUCGGGUUCACAAAGGCAACCAAAUCAAGGGGAAAGACGUUGUCCUGUGAGAAUAAAUUUCAAUUGAAGUGUUCGGUGGACAGAGAUAUGGAUCUGAGCACUUCAGCAAUAUCUGAUGGUGUUGCAGACUGCGUAAAUGAAGUUGGGCCGAAAGAGCCAAGUAUCUCAACUAUGCUGAUGAACUUUGAGAACAAGUUUGAUCCAUUUGAUGCAAUGAAUACGCCAAUUUACCAAACAGCUACGUUUAAGCAGCCUUCAGCAACAGAAAAUGGUGCUUAUGAUUAUACUAGAAGUGGAAAUCCCACACGGGAUGCCUUGGAAAGCCUUUUGGCAAAGCUUGAUAAAGCAGAUCGAGCAUUUUGUUUCACUAGUGGAAUGGCUGCUUUGGCGGCUGUUGCUCAUCUUUUAGGAACAGGUGAGGAGAUUGUUGCAGGAGACGACAUUUAUGGAGGUUCUGAUCGGUUGCUAUCACAAGUAGUUCCAAAGACUGGAGUUGUGGUGAAACGAGUGAACACAAGUGAUUUAGAUGAGGUUGCAUCUGCUAUUGGCCCCUGGACAAAGCUUGUGUGGCUGGAGAGUCCCACCAAUCCUCGACAAAUGAUUUCUGAUAUUCGUAAAAUAGCAGAGAUGGCUCAUGCACAUGGUGCUAUUGUGUUAGUGGAUAACAGUAUAAUGUCUCCCGUAUUGUCACAGCCACUGGAUCUCGGAGCAGACAUUGUUAUGCACUCGGCCACAAAGUUUAUUGCUGGACACAGUGAUGUCAUGGCAGGUGUUUUAGCUGUUAAAGGCGAUAGCUUGGCGAAACAGCUAUAUUUCCUACAAAAUGCAGAAGGCUCUGGAUUAGCUCCAUUUGACUGUUGGGUCUGUUUACGAGGAAUUAAGACAAUGGCCUUGCGUGUUGAGAAGCAACAGGAUAAUGCUCAAAAAAUUGCUGAGUUCCUCACUUCCCAUCCACGAGUGACACAAGUUAAUUACGCUGGGCUUUCUGGUCAUCCUGGACGUGCCUUGCAUUAUUCUCAGGCAAAGGGUGCAGGAUCUGUAUUGAGUUUUCUGACAGGUUCAUUGUCACUAUCAAAGCAUAUUGUCGAGACUACCAAAUACUUCAGUAUAACUGUCAGUUUUGGGAGUGUGAAGUCCCUUAUAAGCCUGCCGUGCUUCAUGUCUCAUGCAAGCAUACCAUCUACAGUGCGUGAGGCCAGAGGCCUAUCUGAAGAUCUUGUUCGUAUUUCUGUGGGGAUCGAGGAUGUGAAUGAUCUGAUUGCUGAUUUGGACCAUGCACUUAAAACUGGCCCUCUGUAGUUGCCCAAGGGUUAUGACUGGCAGCCUUGAAUUGGCAUAAUGAUAUCUGCCCGCCGCGAACGGGUUACAGAGCAAUAGGUAACUAGUCAUUCUGAUUUUCGUUGCUCCCAAACAGUGGACAAUAAUUUUAUUUUGGUUUAGUUGAUCGGCUACGCAGUUGUUAGUUGAGAAUGCAUGUUUAUUUUGGUUUAGUUGUACAGGCGUGGUGAAUCGAUCGUAGAUACUACUCCUCCAUAUAUUAAAGGAAAAUAGACAAAAAUAGGACAUUUUCUUAAUCUUAGGAUUAAAAUAGGAUUUUUCGAAUAUGCACAUGUCAUGCACAACAAUCGGACAGAAGUAUGAUUUGUCUUGCACCUUGAAAUGACCAAAUUGCCUUCGUAUA